AUGUCCGCAAGCAACGAUGUGUACCAGACGCCUCUCAACUCGCGAUAUGCGAGUGAUGAGAUGAAGUAUCUUUUCUCCCCCAGGAACCGGUUCUCUACGUGGAGACAAUUGUGGUUGUGGCUUGCAGAAUCCGAGAAAGAGCUCGGGUUGCCCAUUACCGACGAGGCCAUUGAGCAGAUGAGAAAGAACACCACGAUCCAGGACGAAGAAUUCAAGGUUGCCGCUGAGGAGGAGAAGCGCCGGAGACACGAUGUUAUGGCCCAUGUCCACGCGUACGGUCAGGUCGCUCCUGCGGCUGCUGGGAUCAUCCACUGGGGUGCUACCUCUUGCUACUGCACGGACAACGCGGACCUGAUCUUCUUGCGUGACGGCCUUGAUAUUCUCAUUCCCAAGCUGGCUAUUGUCGUCGACAAGCUGUCUGCUUUUGCCCAGCAGUACAAGGAUCUGCCUUGUCUCGGAUUUACCCACGGACAGCCAGCGCAGCUUGUCACCGUCGGUAAGCGAGCUUGCUUGUGGCUCCAAGACUUGCUCAUGGAUCUGAGGAACCUUGAGAGAGCGCGCGAUGAUCUGCGCUUCCGUGGUGUCAAGGGCACAACCGGUACCCAGGCCUCUUUCCUUCAAAUCUUCAACGGAGAUCACGACAAGGUCGAGAAGCUCGAUGAACUUGUUACCGAGAAAGCAGGAUUCGAUUCUGCUUUCAUCAUCUCUAGUCAAACAUACUCUCGAAAGAUUGAUGUUGACGUGGCCAAUGCCUUGGGCUCGUUCGGAUCCACCUGCGAGCGUAUCGGCAUUGACAUCCGCCACUUGGCGAUGCUCAAGGAAGUCGAGGAACCUUUUGAGAAGGACCAAAUUGGCAGCAGUGCAAUGGCUUACAAGCGCAACCCUAUGCGGUCCGAGCGUCUGUGCUCACUAGGCAGACACCUCCAGAAUCUCCCCAAGGACGCCCUGGACACCUACUCCGCACAGUGGUUUGAGCGUUCAUUGGACGACAGCGCCAUCCGUCGGAUCAGUAUCCCCGAGCUCUAUCUCUGCGCUGACGCGUGUCUUAUCCUUCUCAACAAUGUCACUUCCGGAUUCGUUGUUUACCCUGAAGUUAUCAAGCGUCGUGUGAACGAUGAACUUCCAUUCAUGGCAACUGAGAACGUUAUCAUGGCUUGCGUGAAAAAGGGUCUUUCCCGUCAAGAUGCUCACGAGGAAAUUCGCGUUCUUUCGCACCAAGCCUCCGAUAAUGUCAAGAAGCACGGCAAGAACAACGACCUUCUCGACCGCAUCCGCCGCACUGCUUUCUUCGGUCCUAUUCUCGACGAGCUCGACGCCCUUCUUGACGCCAGCACCUUUGUGGGUCGUGCCCCGCAACAGGUUGAGAAAUUUACUUCGACCGAAGUCAAGAAGGCUCUCCAGCCGUACGCAUCUCACCUUGCUUCUGCUGAGACUUCUGCUCUCCAUGUUUAG